CUUUCUGUUUCUGCCUCAUAGCAGACUCUGUUGUUUCAAGAACAGUUCCUGAGCUCAGAUCACAAUUUGCUGAAAAAUACAAGCGAGCAUUGGCCUUAGCCCCAUGAUUUCAUACGUCUCAGAAGCUUUCCAGUGGCUUUGCCAUUCACUCCCUCAAGGAGACCACUAUGUGUUGUCCCCAAACGAAGAGACAGGGAACUGGCAGGACUGUGUGGCUCAGCAAGACAAGAAAUGUGGCUGUUCCUCUUGCCUGCUGGCCUGUCAGCUGGUGGAAGAAGAAUAUGUACUGAUUUCAGAGAUUUCCCCAAGCCUGCCUCUCUGGAGCCCUACAAAAGAGCUGUCAGGAGGUCUGACAGAGAAAGAACUCAUCCCAAGGAGACUAAGGCUCAUUCUGGUGGGGAAAACAGGAAGUGGGAAAAGUGCAACAGGAAACACCAUCCUUGGCAGGGAAGUAUUUGAGUCUAAACUCAGUGCUAAACCAGUGACCGUGGCCUUCCAGAAAGGGAGGCGAGAGUGGUAUGGGAAGGAACUUGAGGUGAUUGACACCCCAGAUAUUCUGUCCUCUCAGGUCCAGCCGGAAGUAGCGGCUGAGAUCUGCCAAGCCAUAGCCUUCUCCUCCCCAGGGCCUCACGCAGUGCUUCUGGUGACACAGCUGGGCCGCUUUACAGAACAGGAUCAACAGGCUGUCAGGCGUCUCCAGGAGAUCUUUGGAGUGGGGGUCCUGGCUUACACCAUCCUAGUGUUCACCCGGAAAGAAGAUCUGGCCGGUGAACACUUGGAUAAAUACAUGCGAGAGACUGACAACCAAAGCCUUGCCAAGCUGGAUGUGCUGUGUGAGCGGCGCCACUGUGGCUUCAACAACAGGGCGAAGGGAGUGGAGAAGGAGGCCCAGCUGCAGGACCUCAUGAAUAAGAUUGAAUGGAUCCAGUGGGAAAAUGAAGGUCACUGUUACAGCAACAGGGCUUACCAAUACUCCCAGCAGAAGGUUCUGUGCCAAGAAGUCUGGGAAAGACGGAUGACCCAGGAGCAAGAUUCCGAGGAGGUGCUGAGCAAGGAGUCUUGGCUGGAAGUCUUGUCCCAAAUCCAGGAGGAAUCUGAGAAGACUUACAAGUGCAUCCUGGGGAGGAUGUCUAUCUGAGUCCCUGCACGUGAGCAGGAGAUCACUCAGCCCCUGCAUCUCCAUAUCCAGACCUCAUUGCUGGCUUCGUUCAUACUCCUGGAGCACUGCCCAGGGCCCCAGGUCAGAGGGGUGUGGCAGAGGGGUGGGGCCCUCAAUUCGGGUGCCUGGCUCAUAUACCAGCUCUUCAUUGCUUCUUCCAGAGCACUGGGCUCUCCUUCCACUGUACCCCAACAGUCUGCUGUCCUCAUAUGUGACCUUCUAUCUCACCAGCAUUACAUUUCUUGGGGUUUGUCUCUAUGCUCUCAUAGAACCAAAGCUUCCUGAGGGCAGGCGUACCACUUUCUUCCCUGUAACACCUGCAACUGCCUGGCCAUCAGUCAGUCAAUGUUGAUGCAAGUUCAUGUAAGCCACUGACCAGAUGGCUUCACAUCUCUUGGGCUUUAUUCUCACCCAUAAAGGGAGUGGGCAUGAUGGCUGUGAAAGUACCUGCUGUAUGUGAUGGGUAGCACAUGGCAAUGAGCCAGAAUAGGGAGGCCCAGACCCCUCUGAUGAGAGUUACUUCCUUCAUGUGAGCUAUUUUAAUAGGUUAUAUCCUCUAAGAUACCUAGCCUGCCAGUACCAACAUUUUUUUAAAUACUUGUAAGAGACUUUCCUGCAACCUUGGCAUGUGCAGAAUGGCUAAUUCUCACUGGAUAUGGCCUUCCUGGGAUGACAGUAGUGAGUGGCAUUUUUUGUGAGCUGAGACAGACCCAAUGUACAUGAGAAGACUACUGUGUCGAGGCCAAACCUUGGUGCUAAGACUGAAGACAGGGCAUGUGCACAAAUUGUGAGUCAUGUGCAACAAAUGUCAACUGCACCCAUGCAGGAGAGAAACCGGGGACUAUAAACUGUGUAUGACACCUCCACAGGGAGCCAGUCUGCAACUUACCUAUGCACUAUCACACUUGUGGUUCAGCAUAAGCCCUGAAUAAAGCUGCAUUUGGUCAACGUUA